AUGUCUGCGACAAUACAUCAUCCUUCGGAAUCUCCUACGCAGUCGCAAACUCCCGGGCUGGAUACCCUCGCCGAAAGCUCCGAGUACGCCCUCGAGCAAUUGCGCCUCGCGCGUGAGGCCGAACUGGACGACGCAUCUUCUACCAAGACAGAUCAUAACCAUCAUCUACGGCACCAAAAGUCGGCCAGCCCGUCAGCUGAUUACCCCAAUUUCAAAGUACCCGCCAUUCGUAACUCUCUCUCCGAUGCAAGAUCAGCUAUACGCAAGCAUUCCGACACGUCGGCAGUACGCCGCCGGAUCAGUCGUGCCUGCGACCAAUGCAACCAGCUGCGGACUAAAUGCGACGGACAAAGUCCGUGUGCACACUGCACUGAAUCCGGUCUAAGCUGUGAAUAUGUCCGAGAAAGAAAAAAGCGCGGCAAAGCCUCGAAGAAAGAUCUGGCAGAAGCAGCGGCCAAGGCGGCUGCUGCAAAUGGGUCGCGGGUUGUUAUAUCAGAUCCUGCGGGCUUUGAUACGGCUUCAGACCCAUCUCCAACAUCAGGGAAGCAUCCGAAAUUGCAUAUGAUUCAAAUCGAUGAUACAGAACAGCAAUUCCAAGAGACGCAGACUGAUCAGCCGGGGGGUAAUACCUUGCAUGAAAUAUCCCAGCAGCCGCAGUCGGUGCCACCACCGCAAACACGAUCAAGGCAGUAUUUUGCUGCGAACAUGAAUUCCAUUGCGAUGAAUGGCUAUGGUCAGGUACACGACGCAGAUCGGUCAUUUAUUCAGGUGCCUAAUCUGCGAGACUUGCAGUCACGCUCCCCAUCCUCACUUGUUCCCGCUGGGCUUAAUGGGUUCCAUGACACAUAUAACCUGGUUGACCACGGUGCAACAAAUAUAAACCCCUAUCAGUUUGCAAAUUCUGGAGAAGAUACAUCUGCAAACCAGUUCGUUGGCCUUGAUCCUCCAGCACAGUCUCCUGGAUGGCUGCCCCUUCCAGGCCCAUCCGUGGGGUUCCCGCCAUUGAGUAUGUCCACGGGCCUCGCCAGCACUCUCAAAUAUCCUGUUCUGGAGCCCGUGAUACCUCACAUAGUGUCUAUUAUUCCGCAGUCACUGGCAUGUGACCUUCUUGACCUUUACUUUGCCAGCUCAUCCGCUUCGCAUAUUUUCCCGCAGUCACCAUAUGUGGUUGGGCAUGUAUUCAGAAAGAACUCCAUCUUACAUCCGAGCCAACCUCGCACAUGCAGUCCAGCCUUAUUAGCGAGUAUGCUAUGGGUAGCAGCACAGACCAGUGACGCGGCAUUUUUGACAUCUCCACCAUCCGCACGUGGAAGAAUUUGCCAGAAAUUGUUGGAGCUUGCAGUUGGGCUACUUCGACCUUUGAUACAUGGUCCCACGCCAGGAGAAGCUUCUCCAAACUACGCUGCUAAUGCGGUAAUUAAUGGUGUCGCAUUGGGUGGGUUUGGCGUAUCGAUGGAUCAACUAGGUGCCCAGAGCAGCGCUACAGGGGCAGUCGAUGAUGUAGCCACCUACAUUCAUCUGGCAACUGUUAUAUCAGCAAGCGAGUACAAGGCGGCGAGCAUCCGGUGGUGGGCAGCAGCAUGGUCAUUGGCGCGAGAGUUGAAACUUGGACGUGAGCUUCCGCCAACACCUUCGCAGCCACGAGGGCCUACAAGAGAUGGCAACGUCGAGAUGGAGCUCAAGCAGUCGCGGGAAAAUGGCGCCUCUAAUUCAAACGGUCAUGUCACCGAGGAAGAGCGUGAAGAGCGCAGGCGCAUAUGGUGGCUUCUUUAUGUAAUGGAUCGCCAUCUAGCCUUAUGCUAUAACCGGCCCUUGACGCUCCUAGAUAAAGAGUGCGAAGGCCUCUUACAGCCGAUGAAUGACGAUGUCUGGCAUGCUGGCGAUUUUUCAAAUGCCGGCUAUCGACGAGCAGGCCCAAGUUUCGAGUGUAAUGGCCAUGGCAUGUUUGGGUAUUUCUUGCCUUUGAUGACUAUUCUCGGCGAGAUUGUUGAUCUCAAUCACGCCCGGAACCAUCCUCGAUUUGGUGCUCAUUUUCGAAGCAGCAGGGAGUGGGAUAGCCAGAUUGUUGAGAUCACCCGACAGCUUGAUGUCUACGAGCAGAGCCUGCGGGAAUUUGAAGCCCGGCAUGCCGCGUCUCUGGGUAAUUUUGGCAACGAAAAUGAAUCUGGCAUCAACCCGCAGCCCACAGGAAUCGACCAUGUCAGCCCAUCAGCCAGGUCGUCGAGCACCGCUGGGUCUCGAAUGAACGAAUCCUUAAUGCAGACGAGGAUGGUUGUCGCCUACGGUAAUCAUAUUAUGCACGUGCUACACAUACUCCUAGUUGGAAAAUGGGAUCCUAUCUCUCUACUGGAUGACAACGACUUGUGGAUCUCGUCAGAGGCUUUCAUCACGGCUAUGGGACAUGCCGUCAAGGCCGCAGAGGCGGCUUCUGAUAUUUUGGAAUACGACCCUGAUCUGAGCUUUAUGCCGUUCUUCUUUGGCAUCUAUCUUUUGCAAGGGAGUUUUUUGUUGUUGCUAACAGCCGAUAAAUUGCAAGCCGACGUCGAUCCCAGCGUUGUCAGAGCAUGCGAGACGAUCGUUCGCGCGCAUGAGGCUUGCGUUGUGACGUUGAACACAGAGUACCAGCGAAAUUUCCGCAAAGUCAUGCGCUCAGCUCUGGCACAAGUGCGUGGCCGAAUGCCCGACGAUUUUGGCGAGCAACAGCAAAGACGGCGCGAGGUGCUUUCCCUUUACCGAUGGGCAGGCGAUGGCAGCGGACUGGCUCUGUAG